AGCUUUUUUAUAAGAAAAAUAGAAGCAGAAAUUCGGCCAAACAAGCCCUUAAGCAAAGAAAACAAAAACUUACAAUUCAAAUGCACGCUUAUCAAUGGAACUUUGCUAACUGUCACCAGCCUUCUGAUUCUGCCUCGUGAACUUAGGGUUAGCAGUUUCCCAAUUUCAGAAUCCCAAUCCCUUAUUUUUUUCAUCGAAAUUCUCAAUACAUAUGGGGCAUGGGGCUUUGUUUCUUCACUCUUUCGGUCUUUCCUUCAAAUGCACUAUAUAUUCUUCAGUUUCAAAAGAUAUUCUGGAGUGGAUCGAGAACAGACAUCAUUGCCAUGAUCUACGGUGUGGAACUUCAAUUCCCGAUUCCAGAUCAAAGUGAUGUGAAAUUGAGCACAUUUUGUACCAAUUCUUCAUCUUGGUAUUAAGUCUGAACUAUAAAUAGCUGAAAUUUUCUGUGCCUCAGGCAACCUCGGGCCAAGGUUCUGAAUCUUGAAACCUCAUUUUACUCAACAAGUCUUCAAUUUUCCAUUUGAACUGGUAAAUGGGAUCGUCUGGGUUUUUCGUUAUCUGCAUUCUGCACUCACUUAUAGCUAUAACUUGUGGAGGUUUGAUAAUGUUUUAUCUCAAUGAAAUCUCUGUUUUUGGACAUGGAACUGAGACAGCAAUGAAGUUGUUAGGUUCAACUCCACAUGAUCAGUUGUUGAUUCAGAUUUCUGAUUCAUUUGCUGGGUUGCUUUUGGUUGUGAUUGGGAGUUUGCUGUUCAUGGUCGCUUUUGUCAAGGACAGGGAGUUCCAAUGCAUUUUUGCUAAAGGGUGUAUUCUUCUUCAUUUCUCAAUGGCCCUCUGGAGGUUGUACUUUGAGAGGAGACUCGACGAUUUAGCUAACGAUUGGCCAAGGCAGCUUGUUGGCGAUUUUGUGCUUGCACUUUCGUGGGUUUUCUUUCUUGUGUACUCAUGGAGGGAAAAGUAUGAUUAGGUCCAACUAGUCUCUGGCCUUAUUAUCGACAUUUAGCUCUUCAAUCUUCCAUUUUGAUCUUGUUGUCGGAUUCAGAAAUUGCUCCCAAAAUGGAGAAUAUUGAGUACUUUUCUAAGUUUUAAAUUUUGUUAGUCCUAAGACAUUGGAUGCUCUCACCUCUUACUUUUUGUACCUUCAAAAUCAAUUGCAACUUACGUGACUUGAGAAUAACUUUUCUUCCUGUGGCUCGCUCAAAAGAGAAUCUUAAGUAGCCCCAUCAAGGAACUAGCAAGACUGGCAAUAGAUCAGGUCGAGUUGGUUCGAUCCGUAGAUGCCCAAGCUCGAGCCCUAAUUUUAUAAUUGGCUCGGCUCGUGGGCCCCACGAGUCAAGUCGCUCACGAGCCUAAACGAAUUGAAAAGUCUACAAGUCCAAACAAGUUGAACCGUCCAUGAAGAAAAUGUGAGCUCGACUCGAUCCAUGGUUCAUCUCAAAAUGAGUUAGAGGAAGGAUGAGCCCCGCUCGCAAGCAAUUCGGCUCUUUUGCCAUCACUAGGAACAAGGGAUGAUGACCCAAAAAAUUGAAGGUUAACUUAGCCUCCGUUUGAAUCUUAUUACAUUAAGCUCCUGUUUGUUGCCCGUUUAGCACUCUUAGUUUAGAAAAAAAAAAAUUUCCGUUACUAGUCAUUUCCACUGACAAAGCACUGACUGGAGGCUGUACACAAACAACUUUGUAAACACCAAUCCCUUUAUUACCCUUUAGAAUAGGCCAAAAUUACGGUAGGUGAGAAAGUCAAAAAGGGUGAGUUUUUGAAGGCAAAUGAGGGUAUUUUGGAAAAGAUAAAAAUUGUACUAGUCAAUUCAAAAAAUGUAUGUCAUCACGUGGGAC